UCUGCUGUGGCUUCUUGUGCUGAUAAGCUUCUAAACAAUAAAGAUCUCAUAAAUAAAAUUUAUUUAUUUUCAAUAUAAUUGACCAUUUACAAAUUUCUGCGGGUAUUCUGCCCCAUAUAUCAUUUAUAAAUACCCUAACUCUCACCCUGGAAGGGGCAUAAGGCAUUGAUUUUCGGAACAGACGGCUUUUUAACACGACUACAAAAACGCGCAAAGUUACCACAGAAUGAACGUUUAAAUUUGUGUUUAGUAUUAAAUGAUGCGGGAUCUAGGGCUACAGCAUUUUAGUUAACGAAAAAUGUUUACCAAAUCAGGCAGUAAGCUUGUGCGAAUAUCAAUUCCUCCUAAAACUGACCACCUUCCCAAGAAUGGUGACACCACCAACCAGAAUACUCCAUUUAAUGGAAGUUUACAUAGUAUUCUUGAUGACCUGGUGUCAAGAGGGUGCACUGUGACUGCCAUUACGCAAGUAAAUCCUCCGAAACAAAAGAUAAAUUAUAGAACUUCGGCGCCGUCGGCCAGUAAUAGCAAGAGAUCAUCUACUAAAUCAAGAAGUUCAUCUCAAACCCGCCCUGCAAAGAAUUGUAUAUCUUCAAAAGAUUUACUCACGUCACGAAUAGGACCAGACCCCGUCAAUGUGCAGAGUAAGAACGAAAGAACCAUCCAAACUAGGAAAUCGAGGCCAGCCAAAAACCGGCCAUACGUCGACGAAUCGAAAGAAAGAGUCUUUACUGCCUUUAAGGCGAAAAACAAUCCUUUAGAUGCACCGCCACCCGACACACUAUCACAAAACCUUCAAUAUGAUGAAAGAACAUCAUCAGCAGGACCUUCAGCCGACAAAAAUUUGAUAGUAGGCAAACAUGGUUUGCCUUCUAACAUCAAUUUCUCGAGAUAUAUCAAUGGUACCAAAUACGUGUGUUUUACUCCUCACAAAAAUGUCAUCAAGCGAGAACGUCUCAUCCAAGUGACUGAAAAUGAAAUAAAAGGAACCAUCGAAAGUGCAGUGCAGUGUGACUUAUAUGAAGAUGAAGGCUCCUCCUCGGACAGCUCCCAAUCAGACUGGAUAAACGAAAUUAUCGAGGAAUACGAAUACCUUGAAGAAGAUGGUGAUAUGUUUGAGUGUCAUAUUUGCGGCGAGGUAUGCCGAAGUCAUAUAUCCAAUCUUAAGCACUCAAUGACACACAAAGAGAGCAGCCUGUUGUGCUUUCGUUGUGGCCGAUUGUUUCCUAAUACCUCAAAGCUGUUAGCACACGAAGAUAAAAUGCAUCCAAAUGAGGAUAAUUUAAAAAUUAAGAAAGCACUUCGCUGUCCAAAAUUAAACUGUUUAAAAGCCUUUCACUCCGAACGACAAUUAUUCGACCACAUUGAUCAGCACACGACCAGAAUAACCGAACAGCGAUGUAACAAAUGUCAGCGGUCCUUCCCUUCGUCACUGCAAUUACUUAGUCAUGUUAAUCGACGGAAUUGUUUUAGAUGAUAACAACUAAAGAUUGCACUUGCAUCUGUAAAUAAAGACUUUUUGUGCAUACAUAUUAUUUUAAUGAAGAUGCUGAUUGAUGUCAAAGAAUUAGCAAUAAAGUUAUUGUUUUUGAUUUUUUAAAUUAUA